AACGCGGUGAGUGCGUCCUGCAGCAGCAGCAGCAACAGCAGCAAAGGCACCUGUCGUUUUCCGGACGACCGUUUCGGGAGUAAAGCAAGGUGUUCUCCAAAAAGAAAAUCAUAGCGGUGGGGAUCCGUGUAUAUCGAUGGCUUCAUGUGCAGAUAUUCCCGCCUGUGAAAAUUACGCAUCGAGCCCUUGAUGCUGAAGUGUGGUGACGCUGAGGGGAGCAAUUUCAGUGCAUCCCUGUGAACGCACACACCCCGAUAAACACACACACAUAUUGUGGAGCCUUUUGGAUACACACAGGAGACAUGAGAGGCUACCUGCUGACUGCAAUCUUUCUGCUGCCCUUGGUGGCCUCAGAGUCCGAGCAUUGUAUAAUCAAGCGUGAACAUGAGAAAUGCAUGGAGAGGAUCAUGCUGCACAACCCCAGCGAUGACCUUGAAUUAGUUUGUCCGUGGAUGUGGGAUAACCUGACUUGCUGGCAGGCGGCAAGCGUCGGCGAAGUCGUGGUGGUCAACUGUCCGGAGCUAUUCAACGACCUCAUGGACCCCGAGGACGAGAUGGGGAAGGUCAGUCGAAACUGCACCGAGGACGGCUGGUCUGAACCUUACCCACACUACGUGGACGUUUGCUUAUUCUAUGACAACAGCACCAAACUUACAGAUGACUUGGUGCAUACGUACUACGCCUCAGUGAAGGCCCUGUACACAGUCGGCUACAGCACGUCGCUGGUGUCUUUGACGACAGCCAUGGUCAUCCUCUGCAGAUUCAGGAAGCUCCACUGCACCAGAAACUUCAUCCACAUGAACCUGUUUGUGUCCUUCAUCCUGAGAGCCAUCUCAGUCUUCAUCAAGGAUGGUGUGCUGUACGCUGAGGAGGACCACUGCUUCGAACACACGGUGGCGUGUAAAGCAGUGAUGAUUUUCUUCCAUUACUGCGUCAUGUCCAACUAUUUCUGGCUCUUCAUUGAGGGUCUGUAUCUCUUCACUCUGCUGGUGGAGACUUUCUUUCCAGAAAGACGCUACUUCUACUGGUACACAAUCGUAGGAUGGGGAACUCCCACCAUCUGCGUCACUGUCUGGGCAGUUCUGAGGCUCCACUUUCACGACACUGGAUGCUGGGAUACAAAUGAGAACACUGCCCUCUGGUGGGUGAUCAAAGGACCAGUUGUGGCCUCUAUUAUGAUCAAUUUUGUCCUCUUCAUUGGAAUAAUCAUCAUCCUGGUCCAGAAGCUGCAGUCCCCCGACAUCGGAGGGAACGAGUCAAGUAUUUACCUCAGCUGUGCUCAGAAAUGCUUCAGUGAGCCCACACAGGCUGUUCAGCAUUCGUGCAGGAUGUCAGAAUUAUCCACCAUCACACUGCGUCUGGCGCGCUCCACCCUCCUGCUCAUCCCUCUGUUUGGUAUUCACUACACUGUGUUCGCCUUCUCACCUGAAGAUGUCAGCAAGAGGGAGAGACUGGUCUUUGAACUGGGACUGGGAUCCUUUCAGGGCUUUGUUGUAGCCGUCCUUUACUGUUUCCUCAAUGGAGAGUUUCUCCCUGAAGGUGCAGUCGGAGAUCAAGAGGAAAUGGCGCAGCUGGACAGUGAACCGGUACUUUGCUGUGGACCUGAAGCAGCAGCGGCACCCUUCGUUGGCGAGCAGUGGAGUGAACGGCGGGACUCAGCUGUCGAUCCUCAGCAAGAGCAGCUCCCAGAUACGCAUGUCCAGCCCGAUGGCGGAGAACGCCAACAUCAGCCUCCCAACCUGAGCGUCUGAUUGGCAGGAAUCAACUUAAAGGUGCCGUUCCACUUAUGUACACCCAGACCAACCAGAGCAGACCAAAGUGGCCCCUCAUACCUCUUACAUUUUGUAGUAUGGCCUUUGAAAAUGAGGUAUUUCUGGAAGCAUUUACUGGAGAUUCAUCAGAGGUGCAUAGCUGACUUUGAUACUUUAGAAUUUAAUUUUAGUUGACUCAGUGGAUAGUGAUUUUUCUGAUUAAUUAUGCACUUGAUAUUUUAACCAACAAAUUCCCCUUCGUAGAAUACAAAAGAGAAAAAUUAUUAGAAAUUCUCUUCCCACCAAUGAUUUUAUUUCAGAUUUAUCCCCUUUCAUUGUUUUAUUUUGAAUUAAUAUUAAUGUAGUCAGUGCCAAAAAACAGUACUAGUUGUAAAACAAAAGAAAACAGUAGUUAAACAUCAAAUGUAGGGGUCAUACUUGGCUGUUGGUGUGAAAAGUAAAUGUGCUUUCAAAGUGCCAUACAGGUUGCCUGACUGAAUCUGAUCUCAGUCGAAACUUUAAAAACAACCAAACGUUCGCCUUGCUUGUACAAAUGCUCAUUGUUUAAAUGUUUCAUCUAAAAUUUCGACAUUUUUCUACUAUCAGCCGUAAGUACAGAGUAUGUCAAAAGAUAUAUUGAAAAAAGAAAAUAGCUCAUGGACUUUGUAAAUAGUUACUUUUGAUGUCUAGAUCAGAGUUUUGUUUUUUUUCUUUUGCAUAAUGCAGUAUUGUAAUGACCUUUUCAAACAAAAGGAACUGGAGCCCAAAUCUGUAGACUUCAUCACAUGUCCUAAGAGACCCAGAAGAUCCUGCCCACUAUAUUCUAAACUAUUUGUUUGUAUUAAGUAAAAACGCACACACACGCACAGUAUAUACAGAGGAACACAGUGCCAAAACAAUUGAGCGCUGUAGGGCAGUGGUUCCCAACCUUGUAGUUUAACUCUGUCUCCUAGAAAUGAUCUUUAUGUGUUACUAAACUGCUGUCUUGAUUAUGUUGUUGUGGCAGUGCAAAAUUCAGGCGAUGAAACAAUACAUUAAUGCAUCAUGUAUGCUUCAAAAAGACAAAAAGAGGUGGUUAACGAGGAUGGCGAGCACAUGAUGUGAAGGACCUUGAAGCCAGAGCUUCAGGUUCAGGUCCACACUUCUGUCUUAGGUUCACGAAACAAAAGCACUCUGAUUAAAGUGAGUGAAAUAUUGUGAUUUCUUUAAAUGGAAAUAUAAUUUUUUUUUAUUAUUAUGCUGUAGAAUCAUCAGUUGGAGACCCCUUUGUCAACUGAGAUUCCUUUAAGGCAAGCAGUCGUCUUUUUUGGUUUGUUUUGGUUUGAGGUUUGUUUGUUUUUUUGUCGGUCAGUGUGGAGUGUACUUCUGGGAGCAUUUUUGUCCCCAGAUUUUGCUGCAGAGCGAGCACUCCUUGCAUUUAUCCAGCUCUCCUGUACAGUCAGUGGCCAACACAACAACAGCUUCCCAAAGGAAGAGAGGCUUUGCCCGUUCAGGCUGUAAAAUAUUUUCUGCUUUUUGCGUAAAGGUGAUGAAUUUACAGCUCACAGAAAAUUAAUACUAUCUGGCUUUUGUUUGAUAUCUAGUAUCUGCAAAAAUGUUGUUGCACAUUUCCAGUCCAUCAUUAGCGUAGUUAACUUGUUUACUAUAUUAUGUGUAUGUCACCGUCACCAAAUCCCGGUUCAAACUCUCAAAAAGUUUGAGACAAAAAGGAACAAAUAGCUGAAUAUUCAUAUUAAAAAGCCAAAUCUGUCGGGACAAGUGGAUACUGUUAACUGUUAACUGUCUGUUAAUGAACUUUUCAUUGAUAGGUUCAGUAUCAACAUUGUUGAGACUUGCCAGAUGUGUUGAUCAGCAGUGUUUCCUCAUUAUGUUAUAGAAAACAUAAUUUGCUUGGCAUGAUGUUUCCCUAAAAAAAAACCUUGAUGAUCUGAAUUUAAGGAAUCAAAAGAUGAGUCUUAGAGGUUGAGAAAUAUCAGCUACAACAAGUUGGAAAUGAAAAGCAAUGUUUUUCUGCUUAAUUAAAUUAUGUUAAUUUUGCAACAUUAAUUUUAGUAUUUUGUCUUGUUAAGUACCAGAUACUUUCAUGUCUGCAGACUUUGAAUGAAAAGCUUUGAGACAGGCUCACUGCUUUAAAACAAUGUGUAAAUACAAAAAAAAAAGAAAAAAAAGGUUGGGAACCAUUGCUGCAGAGGAUAUCACAGUACCAGAGGGAAUACAAAAUAGGAUUAAAAAAAUUAAAUCUUUCAAUCUCUGAACUGAUUUAUCCUCACAGCUAGUGUUAAUAGUUUCCUUCAGUUGAUUUCCCUUUCAGUGUCAGUCAUGUUCUUGCAGACUGUGAACAUACGUGUGCCAUGUAGUGGAUGCUUUAAGCUCCUCAUAGUGCAAUGACUUUAUAUGUGCAGUUUUUUAUCAGCAGGAAUCAAACCCUCAACAUGCUCUGAAAGAGAACAGGACUCUUUGUCUCUCUCAGCCCUCAGCCCAUCGUGCCAUAUUAUAUUGCUCUCCAUUUUAUUUUUUUAAUAAAGCAUCUUCAACACUCAUAUUCCAAAGUGCCUAGUCAGUCACGAAUAGCUAUCACUUUCAUUUCCAGUAUGAUGAACAGAUAUUUUAGAAUCGUAGUAAGAGUAAUUUCCUGCACAGAAUGUACAGAAUGGUGUGUUUUAAUAGCAUAGUUAUGCUUUUUUCAUCGUUUUUGCUCAUUUAUUGGUGAAAAUCUUCAAGUAAAAAGAAUCCUGCUGGGGUUUUUUUCUUUUUAAUCAUAAUGAGUAAUAUCUCAACAUAACUGCUACUUUAUAUAGCCUCAAAAUAACUCCGGUUUCAAUUCGGCGUCAACGUCAAACACAUAAACAGCUUCAAAAACGGUCAACGCAAAAUGCUUUACUGUGACGGCUCUUGACAAUCGCUGAGUGCUGAUUUUCUCUUUUUAGUUUGUGCACAGACUAAGCUCACAAACAUAAAUAAAUCAUUGAAUAAGAUGAAAUGUGAAAGUGUACAGGAGGAUUUAUUCACAAUAUUUACUCAAGAUAUUUAUUUUUUUGUACUGUCAUUUGAGUGGAUUAAAAGAAUGUAGUAUCUUAAAACAACAAAUUGAACAUUGUUGAAAAGAAAAGGAUGUAUAUUUAUUUUCCAUAAGCCAGUGCCAUGUGACUCAAUGUACAGUAUACAUGCUUUCUUGUGUGUAAUUUAGUUGUGUGCCUGAUGUAUGAUUUCAUUACACUGAUUGAUAUUGACUCUUUUGGUCAAAGUGCCAUAAAAGUUGUGCCAUAACGGGUGAGAUGCGUGGCACAAUGUGUCAUUUCUAAUUUUAAAUACAGGAUUUUUUUUUUUCUGAAGCUGCAUAGGGUAUUGUGAGAGAUGAAACUGAGAUGUAAACUCUAACAAAAAAAUUUUAAAAAAAAGAAAAAAAUGAAAAAGCAUACAUACUACUGAAGAGAUGCAUCUGUUUUAUGCAGCUGCUUGGCUGCUUUUUGACAAAACAGUGUGUGACUGUGAGAUACUAUGAAGGGAAUAGCAUAUUUUUAGAAGGAGGAAAGACAGAUAAAACACAAAGUGUGUACGAGGGUGCGAUAAAAACCACUCUGCUGCUUACGUGUUCUAUCACCAGCCGUCACUCUGAGUCUGAAUCAGCUCAGAUGGAAACGACCAUGUCUCAAAGCUGUUAAUGUCUGUGAAAAGAAGAGUAGAAAACUCCUCACUUGACCAUGUCUGUGCUGUAUAUUUGUUUAACCACAAGGUGGCAGCAAAGUGUUUGUUUUUUAAUUUGAUGGCUAUACAGAGAGGGCCAUCUUUGACUCAUUUGCUUUUUGAGCCUUGUACUUUGAAUUUUGGAUGGAAAAAAAGAGGCAGUGUGGGGCAUUGCAGCACCUAAAUGCCACAUUCUUAACACUGUUCACAUCUACACAUUGUGAUUUUGUUUCACACAAAUCAACAAAUAAGCCUGCAAAUGAGUAUUUUCUUAAUGAGGCCUGAUGUUUUCUCUCAAUCCCAAAAUUUCCUUUCUGGUUUCUUUAGUUUAAGAACAAACUGUGAACUAUUUAAAAAUUCAAAAUAUUUACUGAGAUGUGAGGAAAUGUUGAGAAUUAGGAGGACCUUUUAAUGCUCAGGCUGUGUAACUUUUCAGCCUAGUCGCCAGAAGAAAAUGUUGGUAUUGUACGCUUCUGCAAACCACAGAUAUGUUCAAUUUUUGUGUUUCAUAUGUAUCAUAUUAAUGUGUGUAAUGCUGCGUUCACAUGGAAUCAAGGAGACAGAUCGAUAAAAUAAGGUGAAAUACUGCAGCGUACCUAUGAAUUUAUGGCUCGUUUUGAAGGUGAUGUAACCGCUGUUCCUAUGUUGCCAAGUUUACAUAUAUUAGUCAACUAUAACAAUAAAUUAAAAGGAUGUUUUGCUUCCUUUUCAUUUUUACUUUUUUAAAGUUAGCAGCUAUAGACUGAAAAGACAUAACUUAAACACUGUGCUGCUCAAAGGCUAUUGCCAGCAACCUCCGCUAACUUUUAAGGCCGAAUGUUUUCUUGCAUAUGACUCAGUGAAUGAGCUGACGUCAUGAAUCAUUCAACACACCUUAAAUAACAAUUUUAUAACUUUGACUACUCCAUUUGUUUGUACUGUACCUCUUGCAUGACAUAUAUUUUAGUGAUGAUUGAAUCUUAGAGUG